UCUCCUUACUCUACGGACGAUGACUUGGCCGACUCGCCUCCGAUGGAGCGACUUUACUCUCCGCUCUCUUCGUCGGCGGAGUCUAUAAGCUCCAUCAAAUCGAGUUCGUCGUCUCGGUCUUCGGCCGAACGCGAGAUUGAGCGACAGCAGCGUCGGCAGUUGCUCGAUGCCAGCCUGCUCAAGAUGCGCGCCUCCAAUAAUAUGCCUCUGCGGAAGCAUCUGCUCGUCUAUAACACCGUCAAGCAGCUCCAGCGCGAUCUGGAUUUGCUCGACGACGAGGAGCUGUACUGCAACCUAAUGGGCGAAGGCUGCGGCGAACGUAUGGAUGUGGACGAACGCCGUUGGCCAUCAUUUGGUGGCAUCGGCAAUGGUUCGCCCUGCAUGACGAUGACGUCUUCGUCCUUGCCGUCGUUGACGUCUUCAGAAGGUGAUGUUGUCGUGUCUUCGGCGGCGGCGACGGCGGCUGCGGUCACUUCUGCGACUGCGACGGUUGCACCUCCGCAGCAAGAGGAGCGCCGCGUAGCUGAGGAGGCCACUUCUCUUAUUUCUGAUGAUCUCGACAUGGACGUGUGUCAGCAGAUGCCCCAACAGCAGCAGGCACCGACCUGGUCAUGGACUACGACUGAUACUACCUCAACGUCGUCCACAGCAAACAGAUGCGGUGGUGACGCCAUGAUUAGUUCGGGCGGCUUCCAUCUGUUCGAAUCCAUCCAGGCGAGUACACUCUACCUCUUCUCUACUUUUGUUGUUUGGCUUUGCUUGCAUAAGUGA